AUGGAAAACCGCUGGUGCUAUUAUUCAAAGUUCGAAGAGUUUGAGGCUGUUAACAGAUUACAGACUCAAAAUCCUCGUACACAUGAUUACAAUAGACAAAAAGAAAAAGCUGAAUUAACCAACUCCACUAAAAUGAGACUGUCAACAAGCGAAGAAGUUCCCAGUACGACAGUGGGUGGUCGUAUGGGAAGUCCAGAAACAAGCGCAACGGCCGCCAUCGCAGCAGCUGGAGCGGGUGCCUACGAUGUAACGCGUAUGCGAGAAGAGGAAUUUGAGAGACUCACAGUAUACAUAGUACCCGAUGUACCAUGCGAACGGGGAACACCCAACAGAGCUGAAAAAACCCUUCCACGAAGUCUGGCUUUAAGGCCCUCCGUAGUACUAUCAACGCCUAAUACACCGACGGAAGGAGUUUGGAGCACUGGAGUAAUACCACGCGGAACACGUUUUGGUCCAUUUGAAGGCACAAGAACACCAAACAAACCAAAUGACAAAGUUUCCUGGCGAUAUUAUUGGAGGGUACAGGAAACUGUCAGACAUCAUACUUAUGGAAAUAUUAAGAUAUUUAAGGACAGUGAUUACUAUUACCUGGAUGGGUCAGACACAAGUGUAGCCAACUGGAUGCGUUAUGUAGCUUCAGCUUACUCUCUUUCUGUAAUGAAUCUUGUGGCUUGCCAGCAUCAAGACCACAUAUACUUUUACACCAUCAGAGACAUUAUGCCGAAUGAAGAACUUAUGGUCUGGUAUUGCAAGGACUUUGCGACCAGGUUAGGAUAUGAUAUUGAUCCAGAAAGAGCUACUUAUUCUAUUUGCAAAGAAGAAACAAUAAAAAAAGCUUAUGGCUUGCCCCCUGCACCAGUACACCCAGAGAUAGCAUUUAAUCACAUGAAAUAUGUACUUGGUUUAACAAACGCUAAAGAACUUUUAGAAACUGAUGUUCCAAGUCGUAGAAGAAAACGUGAAUCUAUUGAAAAGCCGAUACACGAAAAUUUUAUAACACGUGAAGAUCCCCGAAUUGCGAAUAAAAACGACAGGACAAUUAUAAGAACUGACAUAUCUGCAAAUAUUAUCCAUCAUAAAGCCGAUAAUCAAACUACCAACGAUCACAUGCCAUUGUCACCUAAUGGACUUAUGCAACCACCCUCACCUGUAAAAUUACAUCAUAGGGAUAACCAAACAUUAAUUAUUCAUCAACAUAAAGAAAGUACAUCUCAUGUGGUAAUACAUCAACUUGAAAAUCCUAGACUACAUGGCAAUCGAUCUCCCGCUCAAAAUCUACACAUGAGAGACAUACGAGGGCCUUCGCCAAUGUCACAAAACCACCAGGAAAAACUGGGCAGUAAAUCACCAGGCUUAACGCAUUGUAGUACCCAACACUACGAGCACCAGUUGACACCUAAUGAUGGAUCAGUAAGGUCAGAUGAAGGAUACCAUAGCAAUGGAUAUCAUGAUGAAUUUACACCACCCGAGGAUUCCAGUGAUUCAGACAUAGAAAACUAUGUGUUAGAUUGUUCAAAUAAAACAAACGAACCCAAGGAAACUGUUAUAGUUCAAAAAAUGGAUCAAGAUAUGCACAGAAAUGAAUACAGAAAAGUUAAAAUAAAAAUGCCCAGAGCAUACCAGUAUCAAAACCAUAAAGAUAUGGACUGUGAAAGUGAGAAGGAGUUGAUUAUUGCAGAAGAGGUGGAGAAUACUUCACCACAAAAUUUAUCACCACCCAGACGAGACACGGCUACAUCAACUGUAAUAGUACUAGAGUCAUCCCAAAAUGCUGUUGUACCUUUAAAUAAGCCAUAUUAUGAAGAUGGUACUAUUUCGCCCACACCGCAACCAGCCUUCAUGCGUUAUUCGCCGCCGGAUACACGAAUCCUGGAAACCAUAUUAACUGGAAAUAGAAUCGACACCAAUAACAAUGACCCUAACCGUCGGCAACCUAAUGCGACUCCCCCGCCUUCAUCUCCUACUGAAAUGGCUUAUUCUUACAAAAAGAGUCAAAGGUAUGGCAAUGCCUGCAGUCCAGAUUCUAGUUCUAAUUUAACACCCUUGCCAUCAUUGUUGCCAUUACCACAACAACUGCCGACACCAAAUGCUUCAUCAGUUUAUUCCUCAUCUCCACCACAUACAAUACCACAUACGACGGAAAUUCGAGAAAUACGAGAAAUACGGGAGAUAAGGGAAACGCGAUAUGAAAGUCAUUAUCCUAAUUAUUCAUAUAGUUUAUAUUCACCACCAAACUCUACGAUUAUCACGCAAUUAGGAUCGCCACCUAGCACAUAUUCACCAACUGUGUCUUCCACGCAUCAGUAUGAAAGAUCACAAAGUGCUCAAAGUAAUCAUCACUACCCCUCCUCAACAAGUGUUAUAACACUUAAAAAUUGCUCACAACUAAGUUUAAUUCAGAAUUCAAAUGUCAAUGGUCAAAUUGUACCACAACAUGGAAGUAUGAGCCCUGAUGGUUCAUGUGGUCUGAUGGUUGCUCCAAUGAGUCCCAAUUCGCAAUCUUCUCGCGGAUAUAGAAGCCUUCCAUAUCCGUUAAAGAAAAAAGAUGGAAAAAUGCAUUAUGAAUGCAAUGUUUGUUGUAAAACUUUUGGCCAGCUCUCAAAUUUAAAAGUUCAUCUCAGAACACAUUCCGGUGAACGGCCAUUCAAAUGCAACGUGUGCAAUAAAUCCUUCACACAACUAGCGCACUUACAAAAACAUCACCUUGUGCAUACAGGGGAAAAACCACAUCAGUGUGACAUUUGCAAGAAGAGGUUUUCCUCCACUUCUAACUUAAAGACACAUCUAAGACUUCAUUCGGGUCAAAAGCCGUAUGCCUGUGACCUGUGUAUGCAAAAAUUUACACAAUUUGUUCAUUUGAAACUUCACAAACGGUUACACACCAACGACAGACCAUAUGUUUGCCAAGGUUGUGACAAGAAAUAUAUAAGCGCAUCUGGACUUCGGACACAUUGGAAAACUACUAGCUGUAAACCUAAUAACAUAGAAGAAGUUUUGGCUAUAACCAACGCUGCUAACACUGAAUGUAUUGGUACCGUCGAUAAAGACUGCCACGAUAGAGAGGGGCACGAAGCUUACGAGGUACACUCGGCGUCGCAAGGAGGGCUGGUGGGAGCCAGUGGGGUGAGAACUUUGACGCAUGGUGAGGCCCUUCUGGGUGCUCAUGCGCAUUCAACCACACCGCACUUAGCUGGCCCAGGGCCACUCUCCCCGAAUCACGCAUCGGCCUACCGCACAAUACAUGGACCACCGCCACCGUCCGAACAUGAGACACCACCUCAACACUACUCCACUGGAGGAGAAACACGCCCCAGCGUCAUAGAGUCUAGCCAACCACUCAUCAUUGAGUGCACCUGA